AUGAAUUCAAGGGAAGAGUGCAAGGCCCUCAUCAUGGACAAGGAGGCCGAGCUUGGAGAGAUGCAUGCUACUAAGGAAUUGAAGGAGAAAAAGGCUCAAGAGAAGACUGGAAGUACAUUGUUACACGCCCUAGUGGAGGUGAAGGAACCUGAAGUGUUGGAAAAGAUGCCUUCCUACAUGGCCUAUUUGAAAAGCGUACUUUCAGAGAAGAAGGCCUUAAAGGGAGAUGAAACUGUGGUGCUGACCAAAGAGUGUAGUGCGCUGGUGCAGAAAAAGCUACCUCAGAAGAUGCCAGAUCCCGGGAGUUUCCUGAUUCCUUGUACCAUAGGGACCAUUACAUUUGAAAAGGCAUUGUGCGAUCUUGGAUCAAGCAUAAAUCUAAUGCCUCUCUCUGUGAUGAAAAAGCUAGGGAUCCAAGAGGCGCAGCCCACAAGGAUCUCACUGGAGAUGGCAGACAAGUCCCAGAAGCGGGCAUAUGGAUUGGUAGAGAAUGUCCUAGUAAAGGUUGAAGACCUUUACCUCCCUGUAGACUUCGUGAUACUUGAUAGGGAGAGGAGAUGGAUGACUCCAUCAUCCUAG